GGUGCCCCCACGGCCCACCCACCCGGAGGCAGCUGCCCUGCCCAGCUCCCCCUACGAAUCUCGAUUCCCCCAAACAACAUUGCCACCGCCGCCUGGCCUCCCCUCACCUCGCCCCCUCCGCCACGCCGCGAGCCGCCUCCCCAGUCCCCCUAGGGUUCUCGCCGGAGCCGGGGGGCGGCGAGGGAGAGGAGGGAGGGGGAUGGAGGGGUGGGCGUCCGCGGCGGCGUACACGGCCGCCGCGCUGGCGUCCGCGGCGGCGGCGACGGUGGUGGCGCUGCGGCUCGUUCACCGGCACCUACUCCACUACGCCGAGCCCACGCACCAGCGCUUCAUCGUCCGCAUCAUCCUCAUGGUCCCGGUAUAUGCAGUGAUGUCAUUUCUUUCCCUCGUCUUACCACAUCAAGCAAUCUACUUCAAUUCUAUUCGAGAAAUCUAUGAUGCUUGGGUCAUCUACAAUUUCUUUUCACUUUGCUUGGCAUGGGUUGGAGGUCCUGGUACUGUGGUGGUAAGUUUGAAUGGGCAAUCUUUGAAACCCUCAUGGUUCCUGAUGACUUGCUGUUUACCAGCUAUUCCUCUAGAUGGGCGUUUUAUACGGAGAUGUAAACAAGGCUGUCUGCAGUUUGUGAUCCUAAAACCAAUCUUGGUUGUUAUCACCUUCAUACUUUACGCAAAAGGAAAAUACGAAGAUGGAAACUUCAGUGUCAACCAGUCCUAUCUAUACAUUACUAUCAUCUAUACAAUCUCAUACUCUAUGGCAUUGUUUGCUCUUGCACUAUUCUAUGCGGCAUGCAGAGAUCUACUUCAGCCAUAUAACCCUGUGCCGAAAUUCAUCAUAAUCAAAUCAGUUGUGUUUCUAACGUAUUGGCAGGGUGUGCUGGUUUUCCUUGCUGCAAAAUCUGGAUUCAUAAAAAAUGCUGAGAAAGCUGCCUAUCUUCAGAAUUUUGUGCUAUGUGUUGAGAUGCUCGUAGCAGCCAUUGGGCACCGAUUUGCCUUCUCCUACAAGGAAUAUGCUGGCUCCAAUGCCCGCCCUUUUGGUGGUUUUAGGGGAAGCCUUCUUCACGCGAUGAAAUUCAAUGACUUUUAUCAUGACACUGUACACCAGUUUGCACCUACGUAUCAUGAGUAUGUGCUCUACAGUAACGAGGGGGAGGAUGAACCAACAAAAUACAGCCCUAACACUAUCGUGACAACUGGAGAGCAUCUAGUAGAGCUGGCGGAAGUCACUGUUGUGAGCUCGAAGGCUCCAGGGAUGUCAAGUUUAUUGCUGAAUGAGGCUGAUCAGGCAGAAACAAUACCCUCUCAAGUCAUGGAAGCCAGCACUGCUGCUUCCGUGGAACCAUACGACCUCUCAAGCUUCCUCAACGUAGAGUUGUCUGAUUACCCUGAUCAGGUCCCUGCGAUUCCCAAUGUAAGAGAACGAUGACAUGUUGCGGUGUAUAUUCAUGGUGUAAAUGGGCGGUAGCGCUGUUGAGCUGAUCAUAGAUUACGGUGUACAUAGAAAUGUCUCGUGUCGUUUUAUUUCAUUGUUCAUGCAUUUGAGUGGCGUGCUCAUGUUUUUUCCGUGUGGGUUAAAGAUGAGCCAAGCUGACAGAUGAAUUAGGGGCGUAAGCGGAAAUAUGCGGUAUAACAUGUACAUUAAAUGAGUUGCUUUUGUCAAUGAGACGGGUCACGGACUCACGGGUAUAUGUUGUACUUGGACGUGGUUUCUGUGCUGAUGAUAUUAUGAAAAGUUCACAUGUAAGCAACAUGUUGUGGAUUAAAUGAAUCUGCAAGGUUACACAUA